AUGACAUCGGAACUUCUUAUGGACGCAAUGUCCAAAUUACGACACGCGGAAAAGGUUAGAGAUAUGCACAGACACAGCAUCACGUUCGAGCUGGGCUCCAUUGCGGCUGGAAUACAAGAGAGAUUUCAGAGGAUGUUGAAAAUCUACAAGAAAUACGCAAACUUACCAGAUUUCGAACAGGCAACUUACACAGCGUCGGAAAUACAAAAUGCUUUCCACGUGAUGCAAGGUGAUUACAACGAGAUACGUCUCGAGAAGGCACUUUUUUACGAUAUUGUCCGGAAACACGAAACUGCAAACACCACCGCUAGAAACCGGCGACCGCCACUCCCGACGUUCACGCCCCCUAUGGCAGGUGGUAGGUGA